GGGGCAGGCUGGUGGAGGGGAGGUGGGGCCCUAGCGCUCAGCCCCCAGCUCCCCGACCCUCCCCGUCCCCUUAACCAUCUGCGAUGUCACCUUCCACCUGGACACCACCCCUCCAGGUCCAGGCUUGACUCUGGUCUCCACGCACUGCACAGGGGCCGCCACCCUCCCCUUCCUGGGAUCUCCAAGGAUUCUGCUCUCCCCCAGCGCCCAUGGCCAGCACGGAUGGCGCCGCUCAGAAGCCCACCCCCUCCCCACCCCUGAAACCCACCCCUCGUCCUCACCCGGAGUCUUCAGACUCCAACGUCACCGUGGCCUUGAUCGAAAUCGGCUCCCUGCCCGCCUUCAGCUGGGGGCCGAAGGUCACAGAUGAGCAGGACACGCCGAGGUUUGAAAGGCUCCUGAAGGAAAUUAAAGACGUCCUCAAAGGGGUGGUGAGCUGUGAAGACAAGAUCACCGAAGCCGAGGAAAGCAGGAUUUCCAAGGAUGUGUCAGAACUUAAAGAAAAAAUCCGAGGACUUGACAAGAUGAAUAAAAUACUGCUGAGAAGUCUGCUUGUCACCCUGAACCCAGAGAAGGGGCAGAAGGCAGUGAGAGCAGGGCUGGCGCUGGAAGCCCAGAGCUCGGACGGCCCUGCACGGCCCGGGCGAGACGCGGCAGCCCGCCCGGAGGAGCAGAGGGCCCCGGGCAAGACGGCAGAGCCUGCGCCCCAGGCUCCGGGGGAAGCUGCCAGGCUCCGGCGCGGCUUGGAGCAGCUUCUCCAGGAGGCCGAGCACUGGAGCCGGCAGCAGACGGAGCUCAGCGAGCUGAUCAGAUCCUGCCAAGUAGCUCAGAAGGACCCGAGGGACACUCUGGACAACAGUGGCGGCGAUGUCCAACGCCAGGCAAGUGGGGCCGUGGCAGCCAAGCGCGAGCUGGAGGAACAAGCCAGGAAGCUCGGCCGCGACACCUACGCCUUGCACGUGGUCGCAGCUCUGCUGGAAAACGAAUGCCAAAUCCUACAGCAGAGAGUGGAGAUUCUGCGGGAGUUCCACCACCGCCAGCAGGGGACCCUGCCGGAGAGGCCCGUUCCCAUCAUCCCCCAGCACCGGCAGAAGAAUCAGAAGGCGUGGGAGGCAGAGAAAGCUGUGCCCUCUGAGCAGGGGACGUUUCAGAAGAAAGCCAGAGCCUACAGAAGCCUGGACGUGUGUCUCAGUAAGAAAGCACGGAACAACCGCUUCAACAGGCGUAUUGCAAGGGCUCUUACGGGAAAAAAGAGGCCAAUCAGUAGCCCAAGGUAGAAAAUAGGAAGACACAAGAAAAGGUGACUCCUUGAAAAUCCACAUCCGCUAUGUCCAGCUUCAGGCAUAAUCAGUCAUCCACCUAGGACAGAUGGCUCGACCGAGAGGCUUGUAGAACAAGACACACACGUGUCUGAUCCAGGACCCCAGUACCAACGCAACGGAAUGGGACCACUGUGUCAACACCAAGUUCAUGACUUUUCGCCUGGACCGUCUGCUUGGGUUUUAUGGUUAUAAGAUCGAGAUCCUAUAACUCUUUACCCGAAAGUGAAAAGUUAAAGGCCCAAUUAAGUGAAGCUGUAAAUAAAACCAGACUGCAAAAGACA